UCGAAUAAUUAAAUUAAGAUAUCACCUUGAAAGAAGAGAAACACUACUAAAAACUCUUUAGAGUCAAAAAUCUUUCAUGUAGUAAUAUUUACUGCACAAUAAUCAUUUAUUUGUCUUCUCAAACAAUCAAACCCCGAGGGCCAAUUCCGUCAUUAUUCCUUCGUCCAACUCCGCGAUCUAGAUGCUGCAGCACUCCCCCAGCUUCUCGCUUCUCUAGAUCCACCACUCCGCCACCGUACCGGAAACUCCAUAUCCAAAUCUCCAUACUCCGGGAAUGGCUUCUUCCGAAGCCGAUUCCCGCUUAAUCCGAGUCCUCACCCCCGCCUUCGACAAGAUCGUCAAAAAUGCGACGUGGCGCAAGCACUCCAAACUCGCCGCCGAGUGCAAAUCCGUUAUCGAACACCUCACCUCACCCAACCAAAACCCUACCCCCGUAUCCUCACCCCCUGCGUCCCCCUCCGGCCAAUCCGAUUCCGACACGUCGUCACACCCCGGCGUUCUCCUGGAUCUCUCACUGGCAGACUCCGAAAUCGUUCUCAGCCCCCUAAUCAAUGCGCUCUACUCUAACUACGCUAAAGUUACCGAACCUGCUCUUGAUGCAGUGCAGAAGCUGAUUGCCCAUGGAUAUUUGCACGGCGAAGCGGACCCGAGCGGAGGCCCGGACGGCAAAUUGCUCUCCAAAUUGAUCGAUUCCGCGUGCAAGUGCCACGAUUUGGGGGAUGAGAAUGUGGAAUUGUUGGUGAUCAAGGCGAUUCUGUCUGCUGUUACUUCGGUCUCUCUUCGGAUACACGGCGAUUGCUUGUUGCAGGUGGUGAGGACUUGUUACGAUAUUUACCUCAGUAGUAAGAACGUGGUGAAUCAGACCACUGCCAAGGCGUCAUUGGUUCAGAUGCUAGUUAUUGUGUUCCGUAGAAUGGAGGCUGAUUCGUCGACUGUGCCGUUGCAGCCUAUUGUAGUGGCGGAGCUGAUGGAGCCGGUGGAGAAGGCGGAUGCGGAUGGUUCGAUGACAAUGUUUGUUCAGGGUUUUAUAACUAAGGUAAUUCAGGAUAUUGAUGGAGUUUUUAGCCCUAGUACUCCAAGAGGUGGUGUUGGAUCAGGGGUUCGAGCGCACGAUGGGGCGUUUGAGACUAAGACCUCAACAGUGGAGGGCACAAAUCCAGCAGAUUUGUUGGAUUCAACCGAUAAAGAUAUGUUGGAUGCUAAGUAUUGGGAGAUUAGUAUGUAUAAAACAGCAUUAGAGGGAAGGAAAGGAGAGUUGGCAGAGGGUGAGGGGGAAAGGGAUGAUGAUUUGGAUGUGCAGAUCGGGAAUAAGUUGAGACGAGAUGCUUUUUUAGUUUUUCGGGCUUUGUGUAAGCUCUCAAUGAAGACUCCGCCUAAGGAUGCUGCGUCAGAUCCUCAGGCGAUGAAGGGGAAGAUUGUGGCUUUGGAGUUGCUCAAGAUUUUGUUGGAGAAUGCCGGGGCAGUAUUUAGGACUAGUGAAAGAUUUUUGGAUGCUAUAAAGCAGUACUUGUGUCUGUCGCUGUUGAAGAACAGCGCUUCAACCCUUAUGAUUGUUUUUCAGCUCUCUUGCUCAAUAUUUAUUAGUCUGGUAUCACGAUUUAGAGCUGGACUAAAAGCAGAAAUCGGGGUAUUUUUCCCUAUGAUAGUCCUCCGAGUAUUAGAAAAUGUAGCACAACCAAAUUUUCAGCAAAAGAUGGCAGUGCUUCGGUUUCUGGAGAAGCUGUGCAGUGAUUCGCAGAUCUUGAUAGACAUCUUCCUUAACUACGAUUGUGAUGUUAAUGCGUCCAACAUAUUUGAGCGGAUGGUCAAUGGACUACUUAAAACUGCUCAGGGGGUUCCUCCUGGUGUUGCAAGUACACUUCAGCCUCCUCAAGAUGUUACCAUGAAGCUAGAAGCUAUGAAAUGCUUGGUUGCUAUUUUGAAGUGCAUGGGGGACUGGAUGAACAAACAAUUGCGGCUUCCAGAUUCUCAUCCUUCAAAGAGAUUAGAAGCUGCUGAAAACAGUUCUGAAACUGGAAGUCCCCCUUCCAUAAAUGGCAAUGCUGAUGAGGCCCCUGAAGGAUCAGAUACUCAUUCUGAAGCCUCGAGUGAAGUUUCUGAGGUUUCAACGCUUGAGCAACGUCGUGCCUAUAAACUUGAACUUCAGGAAGGUAUCUCUCUUUUUAAUCGAAAACCCAAGAAAGGUAUUGAGUUCCUGAUAAAUGCAAAUAAGGUGGGAAACUCAGCGGAAGAGAUUGCAGCUUUCCUUAAAAAUGCAUCUGGUUUAAAUAAAUCUCUGAUUGGUGACUAUUUGGGUGAAAGGGAAGAUUUGUCAUUGAAAGUGAUGCACGCCUAUGUGGAUUCCUUUGACUUCCAAGGGAAGGAGUUUGACGAGGCAAUCAGGGUCUUCCUACAGGGUUUUAGACUGCCUGGUGAGGCUCAGAAGAUAGAUCGUAUUAUGGAGAAAUUUGCAGAACGGUACUGCAAAUGUAAUCCAAAGGUCUUUACAAGUGCUGACACAGCUUAUGUGCUUGCGUACUCUGUUAUUUUGCUAAAUACUGAUGCUCAUAACCCUAUGGUCAAGAAAAAGAUGUCAGCUGACGAUUUUAUAAGGAACAACCGUGGAAUUGAUGACGGAAAAGAUCUACCAGAGGAGUACUUGAGAUCAUUGUUUGAGCGAAUAUCAAGAAAUGAGAUUAAAAUGAAAGAAGAUAAUUUGUCCAUCCAGCAGAAGCAGUCCGUCAACUCAAACAGAGUAUUAGGUUUAGAUAAUAUACUAAACAUUGUGGUCCGUAAGCGAGGAGAAGAAACUAUGGAGAGUGGAGAUGACCUCAUUAGACACAUGCAGGAACAAUUCAAAGAAAAAGCUCGCAAGUCAGAGUCAACUUAUUAUCCCGCGACAGAUGUGGUGGUGCUCAGGUUCAUGAUUGAAGCAUGUUGGGCUCCAAUGCUGGCUGCAUUCAGCGUUCCACUUGACCAAAGUGACGAUGAAGAAGUAAUAGCCUUCUGUUUGGAAGGCUUUCGUAGUGCAAUCCAUGUUACUGCAGCGAUGUCCAUGAAAACUCAUAGAGAUGCUUUUGUGACAUCAUUAGCAAAGUUUACUUCACUUCAUUCACCUGCAGAUAUAAAAAAGAAAAAUAUUGAUGCAAUCAAGGCUAUAGUCAUGAUAGCAGAUGAGGAUGGGGACUACUUACAGGAAGGCUGGGAACAUAUUUUAACAUGUGUCUCACGUUUUGAACAUUUGCACCUCCUGGGUGAAGGUGCUCCACCAGAUGCCACUUUCUUUGCGAUUCCUCAGAACGAAUCAGACAAAUCUAAUCAAGCCAGAUCAAAUAUUCUGCCUGCCCUAAGAAAGAAGGGACCUGGUAAGAUUCAGAAUGCAGCUUCUGCCGUGAGAAGGGGUUCAUAUGACAGUGCUGGUAUUGGUGGUAAUGCAGCUGCUGGCAUGACAUCUGAACAGAUGAAAAACUUGGUCUCUAACUUAAACAUGUUGGAACAAGUUGGUGAAGUAAACCGCAUAUUUAUACGAAGUCAAAAGCUAAAUAGUGAGGCAAUAGUUGAUUUCGUGAAAGCUCUUUGCAAGGUAUCUAUGGAUGAACUGCGAUCUACAUCUGACCCACGGGUUUUCAGCCUUACAAAGAUAGUUGAAAUUGCGCAUUACAACAUGAACCGCAUUAGGCUUGUCUGGUCAAAAAUUUGGCAAGUACUUUCUGAUUUCUUUGUGACAAUUGGCUGUUCAGGGAACCUUUCUAUUGCGAUAUUCGCAAUGGACUCUCUCCGCCAAUUAUCAAUGAAAUUCCUGGAGAGGGAAGAAUUGGCUAAUUAUAACUUUCAGAACGAGUUUAUGAAGCCUUUCGUAAUUGUUAUGCGCAAGAGUAAUGCUGUUGAAAUUAGAGAAUUGAUUAUCAGAUGUGUUUCUCAGAUGGUGUUAUCUCGUGUGGAUAAUGUCAAGUCGGGGUGGAAGAGCAUGUUCAUGGUUUUCACGACAGCUGCUUAUGACGACCACAAGAACAUUGUCCUCCUGGCCUUUGAAAUAACUGAGAAGAUUGUGCGAGAUUAUUUUCCGUAUAUCACUGAAACCGAAACCACCACUUUCACCGAUUGUGUAAAUUGUCUGAUUGCAUUCACCAACACUAGAUUCAACAGAGAAAUUAGUCUUAACGCCAUUGGUUUCCUACGUUUCUGUGCGGCAAAACUUGCUGAAGGAAAUCUAGGCGAGGGAACUUCUGGAAGGAUUUCUCAAUCUUCUCCUCAAAAAGGGAAAGAAACUCAAGUUGACAAUGGGGAACCCACUGAGAAGGUGGAUCAUCUCUAUUUGUGGUUUCCUUUAUUAGCAGGUUUAUCUGAACUGAGCUUUGAUCCAAGGCCUGAAAUCAGGAAGAGUGCCCUACAAGUACUUUUUGACACUUUACGCAACUAUGGUCAACAUUUUUCUCUAGCCUUGUGGGAAAAGGUUUUCGAAUCCGUCCUGUUUAGAAUCUUUGAUGAUGCUAGACAUGCUAUGGAUCCAUCCAGGGACAACUCCCCAGGUCACAUAGCUAGUGACGACAUGGAGGAACUCGAUCAAGAUGCAUGGCUUUACGAGACAUGCACUUUAGCCCUGCAACUGGUUGUAGAUCUUUUUGUUAAUUUCUACGACACAGUCAAUCCCCUUCUGAAAAAAGUGCUGAUGCUAUUGGUUAGUUUUAUCAAACGCCCUCACCAAAGCCUUGCUGGCAUCGGUAUUGCUGCUUUCGUUCGCUUGAUGAGCAAUGCUGGGGAGAUGUUCUCUGAAGACAAGUGGUUUGAGGUGGUUUCGUCCCUCAAAGAAGUAGCGACUGAAACGCUUCCCAAUUUCUCCUUUAUGCUCGACGAAGAUGGUAAAAUCUGGACCCAUGAAGAUGAAUCGAACGCAAACAACGCAAACAAUCGUGAUGAAUCUAGCGAACCAAUCACGUCAAAUGAAGAUUCGGACAGUAACUUGAGGAGACAGCGUCUGUACUCUGCUAUAUCGGAUGUGAAAUGCCGAGCUGCCAUUCAGCUUUUACUAAUACAGGCUGUAAUGGAAAUCUACACCAUGUACCGAGCUCAGCUAUCCGUUCAAAACACCGUUAUCCUCUUCGAAGCAGUCCAUGCAGUGGCAUUUCACGCCCACAAAACAAACAGUGACGCAGCACUACGCCCAAAGUUGCAAGAACUCGGCUCCAUGACACAAAUGCAGGACCCUCCUCUUCUUCGCCUGGAGAACGAAUCUUACCAAAUCUGCCUCACAUUAUUACAGAAUCUCGUACUUGACAAGCCUCCCAAUUACCAAGAAUCGGAAGUCGAAUCUUAUUUAGUCAACCUUAGUCAAGAGGUGUUGCAGUUCUACAUCGAAGUUGCAUGCUCAGGUCAACAGCAACAACAACUGAUGCCCGAUUCUUCAUCUCUCGAUAGGCAGCCUCAGUGGACGAUUCCGCUAGGUUCCGGAAGGAGGAGAGAAUUGGCUGCACGAGGGCCUCUUAUUGUUUCGACUCUCCAGGCUAUAAGUAGCUUAGGCGAUUCUUCGUUUGAGAAGAAUUUGUCUUUAUUCUUUCCUUUGCUUUCGAGCUUGAUAAGCUGUGAGCAUGGUUCAAAUGAGGUUCAACUUGCGUUGAGUGAUAUGCUUAGCUCGUCAGUGGGUCCCGUUUUGCUGCGCUCAUGUUGAUGCUUUUUGACCUACGGCGUUUUUUCAGGCAUGUGAUAUUCUUAUUGACAAUAAUUGUUUUGAUAGUCGGUGUUUUUCUUAUUUAGAAUGAGCAGUUGUUGGGAAGCUGCAGUGUUGUAUCUUCUGAAUAUUCUUGUUUGAUUUUAGAAUAAUAGUUUUGUACCAAAAAAAAAAUUGAUUUUAUUUUUUACUUCCAGAAAUAUAUACUCAUGUGUUGCUAAUAGUAUUUUGUUAAUUUA